ACGUGGUGGUUUCUACCGAACCGCUGCCCCAUAUAUAUAUAUAGAAACACAUACAGAAACGGGAUUAUCGAAGAAAAUAUUGGUAGCAGCUGCUGCAUGCUUUGAUUAUCAUGGACUCAACAACUGCAGUGUUGCUGAUAUUUGUUUCAGUUCUAGUGUGCUGCCACAGUACUGUUAUCGUAUCCAAGGAUGGGAGUGGAAAUUAUACAACGGUGAGUGAAGCCAUUAUGAAAGCUCCGGACAUGAGUGAUAAGCCUUACACCAUUCACGUUCGAGCCGGUACUUAUGAAGAGUACGUAACCAUUCCUGCUAAAAAGACUAAUAUUAAGCUCGUUGGAGAUGGACCUCACCUCACCAAAUUAGUUGGCUACCAAAAUGGUUCCACCAUAGGUAGGGUGUUGAUUUCAGACGUACGAGGAGAUGGGUUCAUGGCAGAAAAGAUGGGAUUUGAGAACUGGGCAGGGCUGAAGGCAAGCGCGGCGGUGGCGGUUAGGAAUGAGGCAAAGAAGAGUGUAUUCUUCGAAUGCUCAAUCCAAGGAGUCCAAGACACACUUUGGGCGGUUUCGGGGAGUCAGUUCUACAAAAACUGCGACAUCUACGGCACGGUGGACUUCAUAUACGGCAACGCAGCGGCAGUGUUCCAGGACUGCAUGCUGUACGCGCGAUACAGCGAGUACGUGACCUUCACCGCACAGUCGCGAGAGGAUCCAAAGGAGAAGACUGGCUUCAGUUUCCAAAGAUGCAAAUUCACAAUGUCCCCACAGGACUCGGCUAGAAAAUCGAAGGUGCUUCGUGCAACGCUGGGGCGUCCUUUGAGAGCCUAUUCCACAGUGGCCAUUUUCCACUCUUACAUCGACUCCAUGCUCGAUCCUAAAGGUUGGGAGCCCAUGCCCCACCAGCCCACUGACAAAGUCACUUACAUCGAGUUUCAUAAUUUUGGGCCGGGCUCCAAAACUGACCAUAGGGUUGACUGGCCUGGUGUUAAGGUCCUUUCCCGCCCUACCCCAUCCGCCCAUUAUUUCACUGCUUCCUAUCUCUUGGAUGCUGACUCUUGGAUUCCCUCCACUGGCGUUCCCUUCGACAAUCUACUCUAGUCUCUCCUGUUAUCUUUAUCUCACUUCUAAUCUCUUCAAUUAUGACUAUAAUUUGUAUUGAAUUCUAAAUGGUCUCCUUUUCUCUUCUAGUAUUACUUUACGCUACUACUACUAUUGAAAAGGUGCGCCAGGACAAAUUAUAUAAAAAAGAGGGGGUAGGAAGGUAUUCUCUCUUUUAAUUUGUGACUCUUGAAUGUGGUUUGCUCUGCACUACAGAAAUUAUUCACUCAUUAUAUCUCACAGAUUUUGUGUGGGAAUUAACUUGCUUCA